AUGCGUGUUGCGUGGGCUGGCUGGGCGGCGCUGGCCGCGACGGUGAGCGCGAUCAAGUUUGAGCUGCCUUCUGCAAAGAAUCCGACGCCGUUCUGUAUCUGGAACUAUGCGCUGGAGGAUACCCUUGCCGUGAUCUCGAUCAACGUCAUUCCCCGCGACCAGCGGACGGCCGCGGACCAGAGCAUCGACGUGAGGGUCAUCGACCGGACGCACCACAAUGUGUACCUGAGCAAGAAGGAUCUGAAGGACGAGACGCGUCUGGCGAUUAACACGCACCACGAUGCGGACCUCGGCGUGUGCAUCUCGAACAAGGGAAAGCACAUCGACUUGGACGUCCACCUCGGCGGCGACGCCAUUGACUAUAACGCGAUUGCGAACCAAGAGUCUCUGUCGGGUAUGGAGACGGAGCUGCGCAAGCUCGCAGACCCUCGACGCUGA